AGAUCGGAAAACUGUGCUGCUGCUACUAGACACCAAGGAAAAGACGGACAAUGAUCUGCCUAUAAAGAAUGAUCUCUGGGAAAACCUGAUUGAAGAAAUACAUAAUAGGGACAUCAAUACUCAAACUCCAGUUGUGAUCAUUUUGAACUGCAGCACUGCAGACUUCAGUCUAAACGACACAAUGAUUCUUGACUCCAAACUCUCUGAAGAGGAAAUCAGACAAUUCAAGGAAAAACUGCUGCAACAGAUCCGAGUACAGAGAAAAAGCCAGUGGAAAGUUACAACCAUAAAUCUGUUGUACCACAAAGACAGCAGCGGAUCAGCAGUAGUCAGGGAGGUACUGCAGGACCUGAGGGAAGAGUUCACAUGUGAAAUCCUGACAGAACCAUUCACAACAGAGAUUACAGAAAAUAAAGAAAGGUUUACAAGACAGAUUGAAGAUAUGGCAAACGAACUGCACGGAAAAUAUGAAACACACAAAAAACCUGUGCUUCUCCUGUUGGAUCACAAGGAUGAUAAGUCACUACGCUACUUAUUAAAGAAUCUGCAGUCAAAGCUUCAGCGCUCUGAUCGAACUGACCAUCCUGCAUUCAUCACUAUUAAUGCUGUGAAGAAGAGUGUUGUCCGAGCGCCAGGCCACGUGAAGCUGAAACUGGAGCUCUUACCAGAUGAGAAGGAGAAGUUUGCUCAGAAAAGGCAGGAGAUUGAAAAGAAACACAAGAAAAUAUCAAAAACGUUUCAUGCAUUCAACAUAAUGCAGGGAGGUUUCCAGAAAGAGGACGCAGAGAAAGUGAUCACAGAAGAAAUGGUCAAUCACAUUGGAAAUGACAAACAGUCUAGCAGCACAAGACUUCUCAGUUUUUUGGCUUUGAUGAAUUCAUAUGUCCCAGGCUCACACUUGUUGAAGCCUUUGUGCAAGACAUUCAUUGAGCAAACAAAAUGGCCCACUGAUGAGGGAAAACCUUCAGUGGAAAUGAUAAUGCAGCCUUUCAUGGAUCUCAUAGUCAUUUUCUCUGAUGGAAAGCAAAACUUCAUACGUCUGAAACAUCCCAUGAUUGCUGAUGCAUGUCUGAAAAUAUUCACUGAAAACAAUCUGACAAGAUCUGACAUCGCUCUUGACUUCUUGAACAGCAUGGUUAAAGGAAAUGAGAGUAACUAUGGGCAAAUCUGCAAGAGAAUGUUAGUCACAAGACCUGACGGUCUGAUAGAAAAGGAGAAGUUUUCCAGACUGAUUCUUGACAUCAUAAGGGAAGGUAAAACUAACAAAUGCAUUAGUUUGUUGGAGAGGGCUUCAAAUUUGUUCUCCACAGACCCUUUUUAUCCUCAAGCACUUGCACGUUUGUAUUACAUUGAGGUAAUGGAGGAAGACAAAUAUCAUAAAGCAGAAAAAUGGGCAGAAGAGGCCAUUAAAAGAGACUCCAAAAAAUCUCAUAUUAGAGACACAUUGGGGCAAGUUCACAAAAACCACCUGCGGAAUGAAGCUAAAAAACCAUGCACAAACAGAGACAAAAUUUUGCACAUUGCACAGUUUGCCAUUGAUGCAUUUAAACGAGAAAAGAAAGCAGCUGAAGACGAGUUAGAUGACAACACCAGAUUCAAUAACAGGGGACAUUUUGGUUUUCUGCAGGUUUGCAAGGAGAUUUAUGAUUGGAGGACCUUAAUAAGUCCAAAUAAUCCUCUUCAACAAAAAUACCAUGAUUUCAUCAAUGGUCUCAGAGCUGAAGUUGAGUUGAAAUAUGACUUCUUUGAAUGGUACCUGGCAUUCUCAAGACCAAGCAACAAAAAAGAUGACCCAGACUACAUUUGUGAAGAUGUUGAAGAUUGCUACAAGCGAUAUUUUACACAGAGAGACCAGUCAGAAAAAAUGGCCCUGAAUGAGAAAAAAAUUAAGUCUUUUGGAGGACUGCUUCAUUUCCUAAAAUCUGACAUUGAUGUGCUUAAACAGAAUUUGAGUGCAAUCGAAAAACCUCAGUCCAAAAAUGAAACCCAAACCAUUCUCUACAUUUUUGCCAACAUCAUCUUGAGUCAGUCUGAUGAACCAUCUGAAAAAUCACAAGAGCUUCAGGACAUGUUACAGAAACUCUGGUCGACAGAAGCUCAAGGCAGAAGCCCAGAGUUUUACCUCUUGAUCCUUUUGCUCUUUUGGUCUGAUGAAGCAAAGCAAGCGAAGGCAAACCCUCCAAACCUUGAAAACUGUGUCAAAUAUAUGAGUCAGUCAUACGAGGGGAAGUAUCAGAAAUACCUUCGCGGUCGCUACCUGGAGCCUCUGUUCUUCUAUGGGAAAGGAGAAGGCUUGCAGAGACUGGUUCAUGCCUUAAAACCUCAUCAACAUGGUUUGCAGUGGCCGGUUCACUCAAAGCUAGAUAAAACUGAUCUGGAUCUCCUCACUGAAGGAGAUGGAAGUGUAGAAGUCAAAUGUCUUCAGCGUAUCAAUGGGAAGGUGGAGGAUCAUAAAGUGUUUGCUGUUAUAAACGGGCAACAGAUUCCAGUCAUCGCUCACAAUCAGGCCAGUGUGUGCAGACGAGGCCAAGUGUCGUUCUACCUCGGCUUCACGAUCAGAGGACCUGUUGCCUACAACAUCAGAUAUCAGAACUAAAACCCCACUCACCCUUUUGUUCCAGGACAAAGUGUGCUGAUCAAAAGCUUAAAACCAACGAAGGUGGGAGAACCGAGGUAUCUUGGACCAGCCACUGUGAUCGCAGUAACCGGGACAGGAGUUCUGACAGAUUACCAACCGCAGUGGAUACACGCUUCAAGAAUAAAGCACUGUCCUACAGGAGAGCAGGCAAGCUCCAAUUCAAAAACAGAAUCUCAAAAGGGGAUUCACCUUACUGCCUAACAGGGAGGAGGAAAAACACUGAUUAAGCGGAGGAAAGAACUACCUCAAAUAGUGAGGUGGGAGUAAUCCAAAGCGAGAAGAUAUAUGGCCCAUUGAGUCAAACAGUGCUAACUCUUUACACAACCCUGUAUGCACUAAGGGCCAAAUUCUUAUGGAUGUACCGCCGCUAGAGAGUUUCACACAGUGUUCAUCCAUAGAAGCUGUCGAAGCAUUCGGCGAGAAGAUUAUUCACUUGAUUAAAAGUUCCCUAGAGUCAGAACCAAGAUUGGAAAACAUAAUACUUUAGAGACCAUAUCCGGACAGAAUUGUGUUUUACCCGUUCACAAUAAAGAACGGAAUUUUCAAAAUAUAUCAACAUGAAUAUUGAUGUCCUUAUCGGACCUAUUACGUGAGUGGACAAUAGUACAAGGCAAAAACGUGGUUUGAAGUAGCAUCAAAAGCACUAUCAAACCUCGGACUUCCACUUGAAAACGUUAUCUUUGCUAAAGUUGCCAUAAUAUAUCCGUUUCCACCAGAUGGUGCAGUAGAUGCGUGGCUAUCAUUACAAAACAGAUUAUUGGCAAGACCUCCAGAUACUGCCCUGGUAAAUAUAAUAAAACCAAAAGAAGCACACCAGAAGGGAACAGUGAUUGUGUAUAGGAUAGGCAAAGUUCAAAAAUCAUUAGUCGAAUUGCAUUAUAAAUUCCUAUGAAUAUAAAUUCCUAAAUUCUUAUAAAUGCACAUGGAUGUUCAACUGGUAAGACGUUCUGUCUUAAAGUGGCCAUUGUGAGAUUCUAAGAACAUCCAUUUUUCUCUGUCUCUGUAUCUCUGUCUAGUCAUUGCUUCAUGCUUAGAGAACAUGUUGCUUUUCUUAGAGUGGUGUACAAUCCCUACUUAUUGUAUUAAUGCUGAGUUGUCAUUUUCACUUCCUAUAUUUUCAAACAUAUGUUGACCCUCUGGCCGAAUAAACUUUGUAUCUUGGUUGAACUGCA